CGUCAUUAGUUACUAGGCUUAACAAAAAAUUUUUAGGAGACAGAGGUUUGGAAACAAGUCCUAAUUAUUAUAUCUGGAAAGCGGCGCCUGGCUGACUGUGAAGAAUCAGCAAACGAUAACAAUAUCUUGCUACUGUGGUGCGAGCCUGAGCUUUCUUGAAAUUACUGUGUGAACGCUCGUCUAUAACAAAGCUGGUUAAAAGAUGUCUGUUGCACAAUAGUUGCCUUCACCUAUCUCUUCAUAGGCUAACAAACUCUUUUUUACAAAAGAAAUCUUCACUGAAGUUCUGCCAAAUACACGGAAACAAUAUACUCUCUUACAUGAGGUAAACAGAGUGAAAACGAAUUUAUGGCUUACUAUAAAGGAAAUUUAACGCUUGGUUGGCCGGCAACUACAUAAAAGAACUUUUUUUCUGUCAAACAUAAUUGGGAACCACUCGGUUGGUUUCAGGAGAGAGUCCCCCAAGUCAAAUGUACACAAUUUCAUUUAUCAAAUUUUCAAAAAAUCAGUUUAAUUCUAGUCUGUCGCACAGGACUACGAUUAAUUGUAGAAGUCCUUCACUCUCGAAGAUAUUAAUAUUCUGGGGAUCACAAAACCAGUCUUUUAUUUUGUAUUUCUAGUAGUUACUGUGCUAUUUGAUAGAGCAAUUUUUUUCGUUUUAAGCGGGAGAUGGUGUUGGUUGCAUUCCAAUUAUCCAAAAAAAAAAGACUCGACUUGACUUGAUAUACUGAAGCAAUGACGGUAAUCAAAAGACCCCAUCAAAACACAAUUGGGGAACUUUAUAUCCACAUGCAACUUUUCACCUAAUUAUCAGCAUCACUUUCGUCGUGAAGACAGCUUUACUGAUUCAAAAUCAAAUGGCUGAAAAUAUGAGUUCUGCCCGGAAUAAACCACACUUAGCAACAAACCCAUUUUAACAGCAGUGUAACACAAUGGUGAUAAUUCUCGAAAGGAGCAAUGUGAAGAAAACACGCUGCAAGCCUAGCGCGGCUCUAUUUUCUUCAUAGCAUCUGUUUUCCAGAUGGUAACUGGGCGAGUGCACUGUCUCAGGCCGAGAGAAAAAAAGUUCCUUACAGAAUUUUUUUUCCUGAUUUUGUUUUGCGAAAGCUAAAACCUCUCCCUUCUUUCAAGCACGAAGGGAACCUCUCUGAAGUUACUGGUCCUAUUACUAGAGUUAUCAAGCUUUGUUGAUUCGGCCGUCGGUCAGUUGGCUAACGAGAGAAAACAAUUAAUUAAUCGACUAUGCUUGCAGUGUUUUUUUAUGGUUGUGAGCUUCUCAGUUUAAGUCAAUUCACGUGAGAAUUCACAACGUGCAAUCAGCGAAGAAGAAAAUCAAAUUUAAGUCUGGCAUUGUUUGCUUUACACGGCCAAGCAAAGGAAAUAACUCCUGGUAAUGUUUUUUAAAAUCCCUCAAUAUUUCCCUUACUAUAAUGACAUCUGAUUACAAAGUAAACAGAAUUUAAAGAGAAUUGUGCGCUGUAAGUGUGGGCCUAGAGAUUAAGUGACACUAAUUUCCUUGGCUUUUCCUAUGCUACUGUCUAAUGAAUGAUGCUUUCUUAAGCGGGGAUUUUGAGCACAAAACUGAAGCGAAAAAGUUCAUUGUAUUGGCUGUAAAUUCAAUCUGAGGUUACGCACGUGUAUGGCUUAGACGAAGGCGAAUUACUUGUGAAAUGGAGAAUAAAUGGAAUAAUCGAUAAGUAAUUCGCUGUUUGAAGUUGUCGAGAUUUUCGUUUCAAGUGCAUUUGUUGAAAACGGGUUUUCUCAGUAAUUGAUUCUGAAUAACUGUAACCUUUUUUUCUAGUGUAUAAUGUACUGUCAAAGUAAGUUUAUUUCUGAUAUUGAACAGCCUGCUCGCCAAGUUCGCUAGAUAGAAUCUCUUUAACUGGAACUUAUUAAAUUAAAUAUUACAAAAAAACCAAAUAAAAGGUUGCACUAUAUUUCGAUUCACAUAUCGAUUCUCAGCUUUGUUAAGCGGGAAAGUGUUAUCACCUAUGAGAUAUUACAAACGCAUAUGAUAUUCACCUAUCAGGAAACAAAUUUAACGUGAAGACUGGUGCCCCCGAAUAAACAGAUUUACACUUAAUUGUCAACUUUGGCUAUGAUAAGAGUAGCUUUCAUUAUUUCCUUAACCUCUCAAACUAGGACUAUACCAAAUUUCAGAAAACAGUAUAACCCUCUCCAAAACACGAGAGUCAUGGAAUCCUUGGAAAAUUGUUCUUUUAAAGUAAAACCAUGCUUUCUAAAGAGCGUUUAUUCUCAACCGGAAAAAGCUAAGUGCUUCACAAUUAUACUUUCAAAGCCAAUGCACUUGCGAAAUAAAAAUAGGUACUUUUCCGACAGCAGCGUGUCGAAACACCUUCUUAUUAACUUGUAUAUUUUGUUUGAAAUUAGCGGCCUUCGUUUGAAAUUAGCGACUUUGCCCAUUCGAACUCUAAUAUGUUCUCACAGCUUUCAGAAGUGCGUAAUUGAAAUCCUGGCGAAUCCAUUGUAGGAUUUACAGGUUAUUUAGUAAUCUAUACCGCGGCGACUUCUGUCUGAAAUUAGCAUAAGGGCGAGAAAAAAUUUAAGCCAAUAAAGCAUUUAUUGUGCUAGAGCGAACACAGCGAAGAGUAAAAUAAUGUUUGUUCAUGAUGAAAUUAUCUUUUAUACCGGUUAAACACGAAAAAUAGUUGUUAUAAAUCAUUUUAAUUAGGCUUUUCUUAGGCAUAUGCUUCGCAUCUGUCUUUUUCCCAGGGCAUAUAAAAUCAAUUUGAACGCUUGGCAAACUUCAGAUCUUUAAGCAAGAGUCAGUUCGUACUCGAUCUUUGAUCUUUAUGUCGGUCAAUAUGAUAGACAAGUGCGCACAGUAAAGGGCAUUCUCUGAAACGAUUCAAACGUUGAUUCAGUUUGGAUCUCACCAAACACCACCCUUAUUUCUCCCCUCAUGUGUCCAAAUCAUAAUAUCGUAAUUUUGACUUCCGCAAAACAAUGGCAAUUUAAGGUGUUGUUUUGUUACUGUGCCACACUCAUAAAUUGUGAAAAAUUGCUUUCGCAGAUGCGCUCUUUUUAUUUUCAUCUUUUCCAUCUCCUUUACUCUCCACCAACCUGACGCCACUCGGUCCGUUUACAACUAAGCGGUGACGUACGACCUCACAAACACAAACACAAUUGCCAUUUCCAUUUCCAAGCAUCUAUUUUCUGUUCCGAGCGAGAAAAAUAGCGCUGUAAACUUUGCCAACCAUUAAGUUUGCAGGUAUUGUGAUCUGGGGGCGGGAUGAGUAUUUAUGGCAUGGAACAGUCAAAAGUAAGAAACAAAAUAACUCAAUAGCUCGAGCCACAGUAUUUAAGAGUAAUUUAAAGUCUUGCGACGGAUGAUUAAACUUGCACCUGCAAAUAAACAUUCAAAAUUCAAAGAUUUCAUUUCUCACUCAACUGCAGGGAAGUUAUUUUGACGAAAAUCAUCCGUAAUGUGGAUAACUUUGCAAAAUUUCUACUCUUUUUCCACAAACAACGUGCUGUUUACAAAACAAAAUUCUGCCAGGUAUAACGGGACAACAGAGCGCCAACUAACAAGUUAUUUCUCAAUAGCUUGAAUAAAUCAGAUUUAACCGCAAUUUUGAAGAGCAAGAUUUUGUUUAAUAAGAGAAAUUCGAGCCACAAUAACGCUUUCACUUCUCAAGUGGGGUGAACAUAAAGAGAACUUGAAAUGGUAGUAACGAACAAAUGUUGUAUUGUCCACAUUAGUACAUUACGCUUUUCUCGGCCGAAUUCGUCGCUGUCGACUUCGAUAUUAAUUUCCAACUUCGACUGGGCUUCCGAAGAACUCAGUGAGAUUCUAAGAGAAAAAAAGACUUUUCACCUUCUAUUAUGAGACCACAAAUAAGUCAUCAACGAAAAUUAAAUAAUAUUGAAAAAAGUUUCUAUAACUUUUGUCAAUGUGCAGCAAGGCAACACCUGUGUUGAGAAGUUUCUUCUCAUGGAGGAAAUGGCCGCCAAAUCGAGCGGAAGUGGAGCCUUCAAACAGAGAUACACAAACAGAGCGCCGGGUUAUAAUGAAAUCAACAUAAUUUAUAUCCAAUUGACAAGCUAAACUCCAUGUCACAUGCUUAAGCUUUAAGGGUCGAAAAACGAAUUAGCUCAGCGUAUCGACGGCGAUCAAUUAUUAAUCGCUGGUAGAACAAUUGAGUAAUUUAUUGGCAAAUCGUUCAUGAGCCUGUGACGAUCAAAUCGUACAAAUAAUAGGCCUACAGCUGUGGCAAUUUUCGCUUCCAUUUUUUGUGUUCAUUCGGUAUGUAAUGGGUUUUAAGAGAUCUUAACUUCUAGCUUGGAAACAGAAAACGACCAAGACCGGUGUAAAAAGUUCCAUUGAGUUUACGUUCUGUACAGUUCGAAUAUCAUACCAGGUACUUUAUACUUCACUGUUUUUGCUCAUUUUCUUUUUAGUUGAUUUUUGUUUUUUUAAGUAACAGUACAAGAAUUUUGAUUUUUAUCUCGCUUUAUCUCAUCGCAAUAGGUUUUAUUUCAGAGGUGUCAAGACACUUUUAUCUUUUUCUAGCCUUUUACUGCUGUUCCGAUUUCUAAAUUCUUAAAACGGUAGCGAAACUAGACGUUUUUAUAACAUUCGAAAAGAAUUCUUUACGCGUCAAUUUACAACGCGUUCAAAGGCAACACGUUCCUACUGAAGUGAAUUCUUAGACGAAAUAGCUCGUGUUAUCAUUUCCCCCAGUAACAAUCUCCGUUGUACAAAAAAAUGUACACGGUUUAUUGCGUUUAUCAUUAGAACGGCCUAUUUCUCGAUAUCUUGUUUGCGAUAGCCAUACCAAGCACCAAGGGAACUCUACUAUUCCAACUUCCUAUCUGUUUGCUCAACUAAAGCGGCUUGCCUAGCCUACAUGUUUUUCAAGCAGAUGUAAUACUUCUUUCUUGUCGACAACUUCGACGCGUAAAUCCUAGCGAUUUUAGUAUUAGUUGUGCCAAACCUGCAUGAGACGGAAGAUGUUUUAGCUGAGUAAUUUUGGUGUAGGUCGUUUACUCUAGCCAUUUUGAGAGAUUUUAAUUUGCCAUUUCGCUUUCAGCCGGUAACUAACUAAUUGCUCCAUCUAGUCGCUUUCAGCCCGAAUUCAUGAUUAAACAUUGCAGCAUUAAUUCUAAACGGUUUUUGAGCGAAAGCGUGGUAUCCGGUCAUAAAAUACGUGUAAUUUUGUAGUUUAAAUUUACGUUUUCGCUGUAUGAGAAGACGGAAGACGAGACAUGAACCUUUAAAAAGAAUCCCAUAACACUAAAAUGAGCGCUGUCUGUCUAUAAAAAUCAACACAUGUCGAGCUUUAAGUUUUACUUUCCAGUCUUGUGCACGAGAAAAUGCUCACCACAUUCAAGACGUAAAUAAUGUGUCCUUUCUUCUAAUUUUGGUUUCUUACUUCCCAGGGUAAUAAGCGAUUAGCAUGACCUAUCAAUAUUCGCCCGUAUCUCACGGCCUGCCAAGCCUUCCGCAAUAUCUACCGCCAGGCUGUAAAUUUCUGAGCUGCCAUGACGCGCAGAACGUCUUACGAAGCUGCUCGACUUGGCGACUUCCUAAUGGCACCCUGGUCGCGCCGUUGGGUGGGGAACUUUACCAAGUUGUCGAGGUUCCAGCGAAUUGCGAUGAGCGCUGUUCACUUCACCAGUCCCGAAGCACAGCACCGUCGUCAGUGGCGCUCUUAUCCGAAAACUCCGCUUUACUUCGCAACGAAUGGCUUCGUUUUCGACAUCUCUCUGAACACGAAAGCUCUCCGUGCUACGCGGAGGGAGUAAAGAGACUACCAAUCUUUUACACAGAUGGCCGACGCUGCAACUGUCAACUGUGCGUCACUACCAUGUAUCCCGACCGCCUUUACGAGCAUCAUCUGUCCCAGAUAAAACCGCAUGAUAUGGUGUGCGGGCUCAGGGAAGAAAGACGCUCUCCUUUGCUGAAUAAGCAGAAUGAAUCCACGGACAGUCCAGCCGCUUUUCCGUUUGCCCUUUCACUUCCGCCUUCCUCGGCCUCCCUGACGUCAUCGCAAGAGGAACAAAGGAGACAGAAGCAGAAGCGAUUUCAAUGCAUGCACUGCGAGAAGUCCUUCGGAAAAUCUUCACACCUUCGGGACCACAUCAGGACUCAUACAGGAGAUCGACCGUUUCGUUGUCAGUUUUGCGACAAAGCGUUCACCCAAUACUCGAACUUGCGGACACACACGCGAAUUCACACCGGAGAAAAGCCAUUUAAGUGCCACCAUUGUAACAAGAGCUUCACGCAGGCGGUAACGCUACGAAGUCACACAAGAACUCACACGGGUGACAGGCCCUAUCACUGUAAGAGGUGCAGCAAAUCGUUCGCUUGUUUUUCCGGUUUAAAAGGACAUCACAGGGUUCACUCGGACGCAGAACAAGAUGAACUGGAAAUUUCCCGAAGCACAGCACCGUCGUCAGUGGCGCUCUUAUCCGAAAACUCCGCUUUACUUCGCAACGAAUGGCUUCGUUUUCGACAUCUCUCUGAACACGAAAGCUCUCCGUGCUACGCGGAGGGAGUAAAGAGACUACCAAUCUUUUACACAGAUGGCCGACGCUGCAACUGUCAACUGUGCGUCACUACCAUGUAUCCCGACCGCCUUUACGAGCAUCAUCUGUCCCAGAUAAAACCGCAUGAUAUGGUGUGCGGGCUCAGGGAAGAAAGACGCUCUCCUUUGCUGAAUAAGCAGAAUGAAUCCACGGACAGUCCAGCCGCUUUUCCGUUUGCCCUUUCACUUCCGCCUUCCUCGGCCUCCCUGACGUCAUCGCAAGAGGAACAAAGGAGACAGAAGCAGAAGCGAUUUCAAUGCAUGCACUGCGAGAAGUCCUUCGGAAAAUCUUCACACCUUCGGGACCACAUCAGGACUCAUACAGGAGAUCGACCGUUUCGUUGUCAGUUUUGCGACAAAGCGUUCACCCAAUACUCGAACUUGCGGACACACACGCGAAUUCACACCGGAGAAAAGCCAUUUAAGUGCCACCAUUGUAACAAGAGCUUCACGCAGGCGGUAACGCUACGAAGUCACACAAGAACUCACACGGGUGACAGGCCCUAUCACUGUAAGAGGUGCAGCAAAUCGUUCGCUUGUUUUUCCGGUUUAAAAGGACAUCACAGGGUUCACUCGGACGCAGAACAAGAUGAACUGGAAAUUUCAUAAAAAGCCGUGAUUAGUUUCACACCCCCAAAACAACUUAUAUCAUUUAGGGAUAUAGACUGUGCAUAGAAACGAAACACUACUCGACAACUGAAAUCUAGGUAGAGAUUUGUUUGGGCCUUGAUCAACAUCUCCCCUGCCCCCUGAGAAAAACCCAAGGAUCCCUGGGGCAAUGACUGAAAGAAAAAUCUUCUUUUCUACAGCAAUCGAUUCAUUCCCUAUAGUAAAUGUUUCCUAUGGUAAAUCCUGCAUGUCUGAAGGCCAAUGUUGAUUGUUGAUAUUUUAAGGGAAAUUAAAUGAUAUUGUUAUUGUUGACUAUCAACAACCAGGACUAACCUUGUACAUAACAACACACUUGGUAUUUUUUUGUCAAGUUCAAAUAAAAUCAAAUAAUAAAUUAAUCAUUUUGCUUCCAAGCUUUCUCCUCAAAGAACCCCCCCAUAAUCGAAGACAACAACAAAUCAGCAUGAGUCAGUGUCGGAAGUGAAACAAACGUUCCUUAAAAUCAAUCUAUCCAAGCACAGUGAUGUAAAUACUGCUUCACAAAAAAAGAACAGAUUAGUAAAUUCUUAAAAGCUACCACUCCCUUAGAGGAGGCCCCCUUCCACCACCCCUGUGGGCUGCGUUUUCGCUAAGGUCACGCUUUUUCAACCUUCGCUCGCUUUAGUCACGCUUUCCGCACGAUUUUUGUGCCGGCAAAGGUCACGCUGCAUUCACCGUUACUAACUGUCCAGAACUUAAGAUACACUCUUUUUUUUUACACACGAAUAUUGUUUUUUUUUCG